AUCAGAAAGUAAACUCCGAUAGAUACUCUUACUUUCGCACUUUAACUUUCUCAUUAGGAAAAAAAGAGAGUAAUAAUGGAGAGACAAAAGAGUAUUAUGGAGAGACAGAAAAGCAUGGAAAGUGGUUUACUCAGGAAGAGUCUCAGCAUAAGAGAAAGGAAACACCCUAACGACGACGGUUAUCUUGAAACCGGUUUAUCAUCAAAGAGGCAUAAAGAAGUGAAGAAGCAUCACAACGAAGAUGGUGAAUGUUGUGUCACAACCUCUGUGUGCCUUAUCACCUUUAUCGUCGUUACUGGCUCUUUCUGCGUUGGUUGUGGUACCGGUUAUUCUUCAGUUGCCCAACAUGGAAUUGUCAGUGAUUUAUCUCUCUCAGUUGCAGAAUACUCAAUGUUCGGGUCAAUAAUGACAUUAGGAGGACUCAUUGGUGCAGUAUUUAGCGGUAAAAUUUCUGAUGUUUUGGGAAGAAAACGAACAAUGUUUCUCUGUGAAGCUUUCUGCGCAACAGGCUGGUUGUGUAUCGCACUGGCUAAGGAUGCACUUUGGCUGGACUGUGGAAGAUUCCUACUUGGAAUAGGCGUUGGCAUCUUUAGCUACGUGAUUCCCGUGUAUAUCGCGGAAAUAGCACCAAAACAUGUUCGAGGAUCGUUCGUGUUUGCUAAUCAGCUGAUGCAAAAUUUUGGGCUUUCACUAUUUUUCAUCAUUGGAAAUUUUAUUUCCUGGAGAUUUCUAUCAAUCGUUGGUAUGGUUCCAUGUGUUCUUCACGUCGUUGGUCUAUUCUUCAUUCCUGAGUCUCCAAGAUGGCUGGCAAAAUUUGGUCGUGACAAAGAAUGCAGAGCUUCUUUACAACACCUAAGAGGCCAUGACGUGGACAUCUCACAAGAAGCUAACGCAAUUAAAGAUACAAUGAAUUUUUCACAACAAAGCGGUGAAACUGGGUUUGUGGAACUGUUUCAGAGGAGAUAUGUAUUUCCGUUAAUUAUCGGAGUUGGUUUGAUGCUCUUGCAACAACUGUCCGGUAGCGCAGGUGUUAUCUAUUAUGCUAGUAGCCUGUAUGAAAGAGGAGGUUUCCCGAGCGCUAUUGGAACGUCUGUAAUGGCGACAAUCAUGGUACCAAAAGCGAUGAUUGGAACAAUUAUUGUCGAUAAAAUGGGAAGAAGAACUCUACUUAUGGCUUCUUGUGCUGGAAUGGGCCUGUUUGCUUUGCUCUUAAGUGUUUCCUACAGUCUUCAGUCAUUCGGCAUUCUACCAGAACUCACUCCACUUUUUACCUUCAUCAGCGUACUGGGUUAUAUUAUAUCAUAUGCUUUGGGCAUGGGAGGGCUACCAUGGAUUAUAAUGUCUGAGAUAUUUCCUAUGAACGUAAAAGUUUCAGCUGGAACUUUAGUUACAGUUACCAACUGGGCAUGUGGUUGGAUUAUUACUUUCACCUUCAAUUUAUUAAUGCAAUGGAAUGCAUCAGGAACAUUUUUAAUUUUCUCCUCCGUGUCAGCCGUGUCGAUCGUGUUUAUCUAUUUCAUAGUGCCUGAGACGAAAGGAAGGUCACUCGAAGAAAUACAAACAUUGCUUUCGAAUUCUGUUCAUUAAUACCAAACUAUCAUUUUAUUUCUUGUUGCAAGAAAAGUAAAAAACAAAGAAAAGAGUUAUAAAUUUAUUAGCGUUCAUGUGAGUUUGGCUUGUGUUGGAUGAUUAUAUCGAAUUUUUAUUUGGAGCCUAAAACAACACGUUGUUGUUGAUGUUAAAAUAAUUAAAUAUUUAUAUAGUUAAAAAAAAUUAUAAACC